AAAUAAAGAGAAAUUGUUGUUUUUGGGUUGAAGAUGUGGGAAAUAGAGAAGACCUUUUUAUGAGAGACUAAUGACACAAUCCAUAGAUGGACUUUCCAAAGUUUUUUCUUUUAUUUUCUUUUCUGAACAAGAGAAAGAAAAGAGAGAGAAAAAAAAAAGUCCCCACAACCCUCUGUCUCCACUGAGGGACAAAACUGCCACCGCCAAUAAUGCUUGGGUCCUUGUAAACCAGACAACUCUAGCUUUGCUUUGCUUUGCUCUCUUUCUUCUAUAUCUCUCUCUAUCUCUUUCUCACCAAACUCUUUCUUUCUCUCUUGGGUUUUCUCUUCUCAGUUGAAUAUCUAUAUCUUCUAAAAAGAUCAUCCAUUUGAGUAUAAAAAUCACUUAAUUUUCAUAUUCAAAGCAUUGUUGUUUAACCCUUUCUCUUUUUUUUUUUCCUUUUUUCCCUCAUCUUAGUAAAACCUCCUGUCUUUUCUAUCUCUUUCUUCUUCUUCGUGUGAUUCUUCAAAUCAUAAGCAUAUAGCAUUUAUUACAAUUCUAUUUAAAGACUAUUUCUAUCAUCAAACACAAAGGAAUAUAUAUUGCAGUUUAAGAUAUGGGGUCUCUCGCUCUGCUUCUAGGGGAUUACAUUUAUUACUAUUGUUCUGUGAGCAUUAAUAUAGAAUGUUGGUAAUCGAGAGGAGUGAGAAACAAAGAUAUAUUUAGAGAGAGAGAGAGAGUGUGAAAAAAAAAAAAGAAAGUGAAGGAAUUUAAGUAAGGCACGCUUCCACAACUACUUACUCUGCUGUAAUGGAGAGGCUCCAAGGACCCAUCAAUCCCUGUUUUUUUGGUGAACACAUGGAUAUGGAGUGUCUAGAACAAGGACUAACCACCACAAGCUCAGGGAAUGAGUUGAGAUUCGAGGAAGAAGAAGGUUAUGUGUUAUCACGAGGUUUGGAUGAGAGAAUGCCAUUUCUUGAAAUGUUACAAAGCGUGGACUCUCCAUCUUUCUUGCCUUUGAAAGAUCCGAGCUUUCAAACUCUUUUGAGACUCCAACACAUGAAAAAGCCAUGGGAACCAAAUACAAAUGGCUGCAGCUACCACUCUUUUUUGCCUCCUCAAUUGGACACACAACACCAAAUUCAGGGGUUAGAGUUGGAAAGCUGUGUCACAAAUGAAAUUGCUGAGCUACAUUCACCUAUUAAAUCCGAAACCAAAGACCUUCAUUACCACCAUUAUUCAACUACUGAACAACAACAAGCUGGUGUGAGCUCAGAAUGCAACCAACAAGAACGACAACCCAAUAAAAAACUUGCAGAAGAAGAAGAACAACAAGAAAAGACAUUAUUCAAACAGACCCAAAACUCCAAAUUCCCUCCAGUAACCCGGGAAAGGAGAAAGCGGAAGAGAACAAGACCAGCCAAGAACAAAGAAGAAGUUGAAAGUCAGAGGAUGACCCAUAUUGCAGUUGAGCGUAACCGUAGACGCCAAAUGAAUGACCACCUCAAUGUCCUCAGGUCACUCAUGCCCACCUCCUACAUUCAAAGGGGUGACCAAGCGUCCAUAGUAGGAGGAGCAAUAGACUUUGUGAAAGAGCUAGAACAACUUUUCCAAUCACUUGAAGCCCAAAAAAGGAUUAGGAAAGAAAGUAAUACUAAUACUAAUAGUAAUACUACUACCACUAGUAACGGCGUUGAAAACUCUGUUAGUUCAUCCUCAUCUUCUUCUACUACUUCAAAUAAUGCCGUAACAAUGCCGUCAUCACAUGGGCUGUACAUGUCGCUUUCCCAGUUCAGAAUUGGGCCUCAUGAUCAUCAAGAGAAUAAUAAUAGUCAUAGUAAUAUUAUGAGUAGUGUGGGAGACGAAGUCAGGGCUGAGAAUAAGUCCGAAGCUGCGGACAUAGUGGUCACUGUCAUCCAAACCCAUGUCAACUUAAAAAUCCAGUGCCCGAGAAGGCCUGGCCAGCUCUUGAAAGCCAUUCUUGCACUUGAGGAACUUAGGCUAGCAAUUUUGCAUCUCAACAUAACUUCUUCACAAGCAACUGUUCUUUACUCCUUCAAUCUAAAGAUAGAAGACGAAUGUAAGUUAGGAUCAGCAGAUGAGAUUGCUGGAGCAGUUCAUCAGAUUUUCAGAUUCAUUGAUGCCACUUAAGAUCCACAGCUAGUUAGUUUAGAAGAAUGGUUAGUGAAAAAAAAAAUGUAAUGAAUUUGAUUAUUAUUAUUAUUAUUGGGGUGUUAAUCAAUUAUGACUUAUGAGAGAAAUUGGGAAAAUUAAUAAAUGUGGUCCUGCCAUUAAACCCCCUUAAUUAGUCUUAGGCUGUGACUUAUGGUUUCAUAAGAUGGAAAAAAAAAGAAGGGAAAAUAAUAAUCAAAAAUGGUUUCUCUA